UGUAAUCUGAAUGAUAAAUUGCAAAAGUCAAAAGUUUAUUAAAGAGUCUCAAAGUGAUACAAAAAUGAGAAAACAGCUUCGCGUUUUAUCGCAUAAAUGCGAAUCUUAUAAAAUGAAUGUAUGCAUCAAUAUAUAUUUUUUUUAAUUUUCUAGGCAAACAAUUGCUAUGUGAACUGUGAAAUAUAUAAUGUUUUUUGUGAACUAUGAUGAACGGAACAAGGGGCACAGUUACUGGAGGAUCUGCCCUGUCUUCUAGCAGUGGCGUUAGGCAGGGUGGAACAAGUAUGAAGGUCGAUAGCAUUAGCAACGCCGCCACAUCGAGUGAUAGCACUCGUGACAGUGCAGAAGAUCUCCUUGAUCUCAAGGGAAAAGUAGAAUCACGUUUGUUGUCUAUGUGGAAUAACGUGAAAUUCGGAUGGACGGUGAAAUUAAAAACCAAUUUUUCUAAAGAGUCGCCUGUGUGGCUUUUAGGUCGCUGUUAUCAUCGAAAGUUGAGCCCUACAGGUUCUUUAGAGUCCUCUACCGAAAUUGGUACAGAGGCUACAGCUAAUGAUCCUAUGGAGCAAAUUUACGGAGAAGGUAUCGAAGGCUUUAAAUCUGAUUUUAUUAGCAAAAUUUGGAUGACAUAUCGCAGAGAGUUUCCCAUGAUGUCUGGCUCAACAUUUACAACUGACUGUGGUUGGGGUUGCAUGUUGCGUAGUGGGCAGAUGAUGUUAGCUCAAGCUUUAGUGUGUCAUUUCCUGGGUCGCUCAUGGAGAUGGACGCCAGAAAAGCCCAUACAGAAUGCUAGGGAGUUUCAAGAGGAUUGUCUGCAUCGCAUGGUCAUAAAAUGGUUUGCUGAUAAGUCAUCUGUGAACAGUCCUCUCUCAAUACAUCAGAUGGUGAACUUGGGAGAAUCUCUUGGAAAGAAACCAGGAGAUUGGUAUGGCCCAGCAUCUGUUGCACACUGUUUGAAAGCUGUAAUGACUUCAGCCUCUAAAGAAAAUUAUGAACUCGAUAAAUUAGAAGUUUAUGUUGCUCAAGAAUCGACUAUUUAUGUUCAAGAUGUCUAUUCAAAUUGUAGAUUACCAAAUGGUUCAUGGAAAUCUCUCAUUUUACUUGUACCUGUCAAAUUAGGAACUGAUAAGCUUAAUCCUAUUUAUGGGCCUUGUCUUACUUCUCUUUUGACUUUGGACUUCUGCAUAGGAAUCAUUGGUGGGAGACCUAAACAUUCUUUAUAUUUUGUUGGUUAUCAAGAUGAUAGACUAAUUCAUUUAGAUCCACAUUACUGCCAAGAAGUGGUUGAUGUGUGGCAACCAAAUUUUUCUUUACAAACCUUUCACUGCCGUUCCCCAAGAAAAAUGCCCAUUAUUAAAAUGGAUCCAUCAUGUUGCAUUGGUUUCUACCUUGCAACACACAGUGAUUUUGAAACUUUUGUAAAUGUAAUCAGUUCAUUCCUUGUACCGCAAGGUGUGUCAUCAUGUAAUGAGUACCCUAUAUUUACAAUACACAAUGGAUCUCGUAGCACAGUAAUGAACCCGCCUAAUAUUAGAUACUCAAUAUUUGAAUCAGACCACCAUUGGGUAACUCCAAAUAUUCAAGACAGUGAUACUGAUAUUGAAUCUGAAGAAUUUGUUCUAGUAUAAUCUACUUAUUAUAUUUAUCUAAUCAUUCUAUUAUUAUAGUUAACUCUUAACUUAAAGAAUCAGAAAACUGAUGAUAUAAGGAUUAUAUUCAUCUUAAGUAAUUCAAAUAUAAAUAAACUUGUAUUCAUUGUAAAAUGAGUAAUUUAAAAUUAAAACUAGCAAA